UAUGCGAUGUUUAUUUCGACAAUUGUGUAUGAUUUUUCUAAAAUUAACCGUAAUACGAUGUGAUUCAAGUUUAACAAAAAAACAGGACGAAGGUUUUGGCAUUGCCAGAGAAAUUGUGAGAAAUUUCAAAAAUAUGUUUUUCGAAUGCACAGUUACCAGUAUGCCACAACAGAACUUUUUUGUAGACAAUGUACAAGUUUUUAUAAAUUCACCAUCUAAAACCACAGUUGGAGUCGGCGAAAAAUUUACGACCAAUAGAAAGUUCUUCGCUAACAUGAUAAGCACAACUGCGUUUAAAACUAUGCUAGAUCAUGAUGUAAAGGAGUUAAAAAAGGAUAUUGUUAGUAAAUUAAAAUUUUGCGAUGAUGCAAUAAUGAAUCCGGAUCUGUUAAAGGAUUUCUAUGUUCGCGAAUCAGAAUAUUUUUGAAAAAUAUCUUUAAAAUUUAGAUUUGAUGUAAUUUGUUGUUGUUUUCUAUCAUCAAUCAUUUUAAAAAUAAAAUAUUGGACUUA